GUGGCUUUGUCCAACUCAAAACUAUCAGACCAUAAAAAUUAUCUAAGAGCUCAGGUGUCAUCUCAGGAUGCCCCCAAAACGGGAGACGGGCAGAAAAAUUGUACGUUAUUCACAUGAGAGGACAUGAGUCAUUGGAUAUUUUCCAAGUACCCUUUUCAGAUGAGUGGAUAUAUUUUAGUAUUCCCUUCAUGACACAGACGAGGCUAGAAAAGUGGGACGUAAACUUUGGGUCAAUGUGCUGCACUCUAAAACGUCUCUAUUUAGAAACUGAAUUUACUUGAUGGGGCAUUCUACUUUUGGAAGAACCUUUUUUUUGGGAUGAUUUGGGCUUACAGCUGAGAGUCUCUGAGAAGGCCAACGCAAUUUUUCACAGACAAAAAUGAUUGCUGCCAUGAAGACCAGACUAGGAUGUUUAUCCCACAAGUCUGACUCCUACAGUGAUUUCUCCGAGUUUCUGCCUCCAGCCCAGGGAGCCACUGCCAGAUGUUUGAAAUUGUCAACAGAGGAGGUUCUUCACUGGUCUGAUUCAUUUGACCAAAUUCUUUCUCAUAAACAUGGCCUGGCUGCUUUUCGGACAUUUCUCAAAACGGAGUUUAGUGAUGAGAACAUUGAGUUUUGGAUGGCCUGCGAGGACUACAAAAAAAUCAAGAACUCCAGCAAACUUCUAUCAAAAGCAAAUAAGAUCUUCAAAGAAUUCAUUGAUGUUCAGGCACCAAGAGAGGUUAACAUUGACUACCGCACCAGGGAGAAGACUAAACGGAGCCUGGAGGACCCCUCGCCCAGCAGUUUAAAUGAGGCUCAAGCAAAAAUAUAUUGUCUGAUGGAGAAAGACUCCUACCCACGAUUCCUCAGAUCAAAGAUGUACCAGGAUAUUGUCAACAGGACACACGCCCAUGGCCAACGGAGAUCUGUUUGAUUCUACUGAAAGACAAGUUAAACGGACAUGAAAAUCGCACAUGUAAAUACAAUAUUUAGACCUCAGAUUAUUAAUACUGAAGAGGUGAAUGCUUGUCUGCACCAGUUCCAUGUAAAGUAUGUUUACUCUCUUUAUGAAUUCAAAAAGUAAGCUUGUACAGAAUGUGAGCCAUGGACACAUAUACAUAAUUGCUUAACCUCAGCAUGUUGGGUGACAGAAUACAGUAUAUUUUGUGAUUGCAUGAUUUAUCUAACUUAUAUUGUUUGGCCUUUAUGUGAGGUCAUUCUCUCUGCUAUCAAAAUAUAUGGUUAGAAAGAUUCUAAUAAAUAUAUAAUAGAUGAUAGAUAACUUUAAAAAAGUAAAAUAAUUCACAAUAACGGUAACAGACACUGUGGUUCUGAGCAUUGUUGUCACAUAUGAAUUCCACUGAAUUCCUUGCUUCCCUCUGUUUUCAUAUGUAAAGAUAAAGCAACCCUACAUUGAGGAGAAACAAGCUUGACAUCAGUAGAAAAAAAAUGCUCCAAUGAAAGUACUCUUUCUGAGAACUACAGUACCCUACACUAUAUUCUAGGCCAAUGCCUCACAUUUCUCAGAAUCAUUCCCUACACUACAAAGCUCCAUUGUGAGAGGUCUUCCGCUUUCAGAAUACUGCAAUGGACCAAUUUCUUGUUGAUCUUCUUGUAACCUGUGGAGAACUUUGUUUUUAAAAAGGUUUUCUGCCUUCUGUGAGAAGGCCCAAUGUUUUUGCAUGUUUAUGUCAAUUUCUUUUAUUCCUGUUUAUUAUUGUUGUUUGGGUGUUCUUGGAUAUUUGUGUGCUCCAAGACAAAAAUGAAAGUUCCUGUACAGAUGACAUUAGAGUUGCUGCAUGUAAACAGGGUCUUCAUGCUUAUGUGUGAAAAUAGUAUUUUGGUAAUUGGACUACUUUAGUGCAUGGAAGUGUAGUCUCUGGUCUCUUCUUAUGUUACUGCAUGAAUGCUAGCUGAAUGAAAUCAGCAGUAAUUUUAUGAGCAGGUCAAAAUAAGAAGAGAAAAAGUAAUAAUAUUUUAAUCAGGAAAAAGGGCACAAUUUUACGUGAAUAUACCGUAUUUUCUGGACUAUAAGUCACUACGGAGUAUAAGUCACACAAGGCCAAAAAGGCGCACUGGAGUAUAAGUCGCAUUUUUUGCGGGUAAUUUAUUUUACAAACUACUUGACCAAAACAGACAUCACGUCCCCUUGGAAGACAGGUUCUAACAAUAAAAGAAUAGAGAACAGGCUGAAUAGGUGGUGGUUAUUCAGCCACACAAAAAAUAAACAUGAACAGAAAAGGUGUCCAGUGUUUAUGUAGCAUAAACAGUUUUUUCAUGUAUAAGUCGCUCUGGAGUAUAAGUCGCAGGAACAGCCAACCUAUGAAAAAAAAUGGAAUUUAUAGUUCGGAAAAUACGGUAAUUGUAUUAUGAGAAACAAAGCAUGAAACCAAAAAGCAUUUAUUUUGCUUUACAAAAUAGUAUUCAUUCAUCUUUUAGUGUGUGUGGCCCUUGGAGGAAAAAGUCUGGACACCCCUGAUUUACGGGCAAAUGGUCAUUGAGCUGUACUCUUCCACUCUUUACUGAGUCACACAGACGGGCCUUCAAAAAAAAAAAACAAACAGACCAGUGUAAUUUCAGGAAACAUCAUUGAAUUUUCCUGUAGCAUUGACCUUUGACACGGAUGUUGUAUCUGCUGUUUUUAUCAUGAUUUGACACUGGUGCUGCCAAAAGUUUACCCACAUUAUUUCUCUUCAUUUAACUACACAUAUAUCUGUAGCCUGGCAGCAUACUACAUAUUUACACAAAAUAAAAAUAGUGUGCCGUUAUAGAAGCUACUAGGGGUGUUCUUAAAAGGAAAACUGCUAUCCUUAUGUGAGACAUGAACACACAUCUUUCUCUGUGCAUUCUAAAGAUAUAAAAACAGGUCAAAAUAUGCAGUUGAGUGGUACCUCCAAAAACCUCCAACGUUUUAUGGUUUUACAUAUACGUUGGGUCCAUGUAGUAACAGGUACAUUCAUGAUAACAAGUAGGCCUUCCAGUAUUGUCACAUUUGGGUAAUUUGACGCAUUAAUGGAACUUUCUUCAUGAGUUGAGAAACAUAGAGACAAAUGCUACACCUCACAGUAACUUCUCCAAAGGUAAAAACAAACACACAGCAGCAGUGGUGGCACCUCCAAUAUGUUGCCUUACCUUUCUGUAGUGGCCUGAGGCAUUGUGAGUGUGGUGCUGAUGCAUUGCCGGUGUGGUGUGGUGAGGCGUGACUAUGGCAGUAACAUAGUUUUUUGGUGUAAAAAUGUUAAUAACAAUGGUAAUGGUAAUGUUUUUUUUUUCAUUUGUACAUGCAUCAGAUUACAAUUGAGUGCAUCACAUAAUCAGUUCACAGUUCCACAUGUCCAAAAGGAGUAGGAAGAAGCAAAGCUUAUUAAAUCCUACCCCUCCAUCUGGUACUUUUACACUCAGUAACUGUUACAUUUGUUCACUUCCUGUUUUCCAUAAUACAGUUUUUGUUUUGUUUUUUGUUGUUUUUUUAAAAAUAAUGUACCUUGUACCGAAGUACGAGGUGAUAUGACCAUACAAUGACAUUAUGUGUACCAUAGUAACUGUCAAUAUAGUGUAAUAAUAGCAAUGUCACUGUAGGUUGGCUAAUACACAGUAGACAAAUGGGGCGUUUUCAGAAGACUUUACAGGCGGAAUACUUUGUCCCAUUACGUGCAUUCCUAGCUGACUUAGGAUUUUGGGUGAUGGGCAAAAUUACAACAAAAGUGUUCCUUUUAAUUGUCUUGCAGAUCACAAUAGUGUUAGUCAUCAUCAUAAAUUAUCACACAGCGGGCAAUCAGCAUCAUCAUGGUAAAAUGCAACGUUACUAUGACUUCAAUUGAUUCUAUUUAAGCCUCGUACUGUAUAUGCCUGUGGAAAAAUGUAUUUUUAAGCACCUUACCUUGCAGUCACAUCUGAAUUGUUUAUGAUUCGACAUUAACCCCAGCUGAAAUUGUACCGCAAUGCUGCUUUUUAAAUUCUGUGACGUAGCUACUCACAAAACCUACGAGAAAGCUUGACGCACAACUCCCUCAGGAAUAACUGCUCUCUGCACGGGGUAUUUUUGUACCUUGUUCUUUCAAAAGCAACAGCAGCUGUUGGCAGUUUGAGCAUUGAGUCAAACAUAAUUCCAAUUUCAUGGUUUGUGGCUUUUAUGGAAGGAAAACAGAAGUUUUAGAUUAUGCGAAAGGUAAACACGAUAUUUGUUUGCCCCUCUGAACUGAAAUCGCGAUUACCUGACCAGCUUACUCUUUGUCAUUUGCUUCUAAAAUUGUGAAUAUUAUUUAUUUUUGUUAAAUAUCCUUAUAAAUACUGGUAUGGCUAAUGACUGAACACUAUACUAUAUACUGAACACAGUGAAAUCACUCUUUUUAUUCUUGUAUCCCAUUUGUUUCACGUGUACUCCAAGUGCAUCGGAUAUCCAUGCUGCUCCCAGUUGUGCAUAGCACCAAUAUGCUCUUCUUGACCUACUUUCUAUUUUUAUGAAAACCUUCCAAUCAAAUGAAAAGAUGUUUAGUAAGAGUUUCAUUCAUUAAAAAAUAU